CCGGAUCCGCAGGCGAUGGGCCACCGGGCCAUAUUCGGCCACAUUUUCAGGUUCGUCGACCGCGAUUCACCGAGCCAGUUUUUAUUCAUUUCUUUUAUUUCUUUUUUUGAUUUUACAUUGUUUUUAUUUUCCCCGAUACGCAAGGGUGAUUUUUUCGACGAUGCGGUGUUUUGAGUCGCACGCCAGCAGCAUUUACCAGAGCAAGGCCAACCCCGUUUUCGUUCUCUCCUUAUCCACUAGCUGACCAGUUGAGUCUCGUGAGUCUCUAGAUCCGGUUCGAAAUUCUGUGCGCGCUUAAGAAGAAAGGGCUUAGAAAGAAAAGAACAUAACGGAACGCGCAGCAGGGACGUGCCGGAAACAAACUGAAAGUCGUUUUGGAAAAUUUAAUUCUGAAAGAUUAUUAACGCUGCAAAAGACACUGCAAUGAAAACUGAUUCAUCGAUCCCAUAAAAUCGAAUUCGAACAAUUAUUAGCUCUUUUGUGUGGAAGCACAGAUUUCUGAAGUAUUAUUAAAAAAGAGAAUUCAGACGUCUAAACAAAUUUCUGUAAAAGUUUUAGUAUUUCUUUAACUUUAUUGACGUAAAUGAUCAUGGAGCUCAUAGUAUUAGCAACCAGUAUGCUUCGUCUGAUCUUAGUAUCUGCAGUAUACCUUCUUAACAUAAGAGGACUUUUAAGAUUGACUUGGCAACCCAGGGCGUGCAUUCAUGCCUUGACGACAGGUGCUGUUCUUCUUGCCGGUGUACUUUACCUCAGUAGCUGGGCACCAUACAUUGCAUACACGUUGGCUAAUGGUCACUGGUUGCUUCUAGGUGCUAGAAGGCAUUGCCUCUUGCAACAUUUCGUUGCUGCAGAAAUUGGAGCUGUUCUGCUGGCUCUUUUAGCAGUAAGACUUAUGUAUAGAUGUUUGGUGAGAGUUUACAAAAGACCCCCACCAUCUGCCAGGGCGGCGAGUCUUGUUACCUGCUUAGCAUGGUUAGGUCCUCAGCUCUUAUACGAUGCUGUCGCAGUGACCAGGGACGAUACUACUCGGUCUCCCGACUCUUACCGUUUCUUGGACGAUUUACUGGUGGUUCCUCAAGGUGCAAAUGCUUCUCAUGGUUACAGAGUUGGAUUCAUGAUUUGCAUGCAACUCCUCAGCGGUCCUGUACUAAGUUAUUAUGUGUGGCAAUAUCUUGUUCUUGUUCUGCCUUUGGCAGGAUUAAUCAUCUACUGUUCAGCUAGGCUGAUCCUUGCAGCUCAUGUUCGGAGGAGAGACGUACCUGCUGAUUCGUCGGUAGAAGCAAGAAAUGGACGCUUUGGUUUCCUGACAUGGUCCAAGCGAGCAGUCUGCAAGUACGGUUGUAAAACUAACACCUUUGUUGACAUGGCUCUCUACUACAACUUCAUUUGGCUUGUUAUAUUGCGACCAUUAGCCAUACUACAUGCACUCUAUAUGCAAACUGGAGAAUGGGGAAACGCCUUCUACAUGGACUUUGGUAGUCAUCUUGUCCUAGCUUUCUCUGCAGUUUUCAGCCCAUUUUCCGUCGGCAAACCGUCUGCACCUACAGAAGAAGAUAGAAUCACAGAGACUAUAAAUCCAGUCAUUCUCAAGAAGAAAAAUAAAGAAUCGGAAAUGGUUCUUUCCGUGCCAGACGUGUGUCCAUCAAGCAAUCGAUAUUAUGGCGGAACAGACUUCCUAUCCGCAAAUGUCAAUAGAGUGGAAAGCUAUGAAAAUAUAAAUGAGGUGAAAGAAGCAGCUGGUGCUGAUUGUUCGGUAGCUUUGAAGAACAAAGAGAAACCAGGAGAAGAAAGCGUCUGUUGAUCGAGGGUAUAAUUAAAUAACAAUAAAAAAAAUAGCACAUAGGACACAACUAUUUUUUUAAAUAAUCUUUUAGAAUUACAAUAAUAAUAAUAAUAAUAAUAAAAAACAGCAUAAUUCCGCGCUUGUAUGGGGAAUUGCAUCUCUAAGGUCGCUCAUAGUUAUAAAUGAUUAUGUAUUAGUUAACUUAUGUCAGAUUUUUGAGAAUCCAAAAUUAUAACCAUUCAAUAAUUGUACUUCACAUUAUAAGGGUAAACAACUAUUUAAUUAUUACAUUUUUUUCUAAUACAGAUUUCAUCAAAUUUUGCGUAUUCUUACACACAGUAUUAAUAAUGUCUGAAAUGUAUAAGGUUCUAAAGAGAAUUAGAGCACGUUCUAUAACAAACGCUUCUAUAUGGCUCCAUUUUAAUAAGUAGAAAUAGGGAAAAUUCAUAGUGAUAUUAAUAUAGAAAAAUGUCGCUAUACAGUCAAAUGUUUUCUUAUUAGAUUGCUGGUAAAAAAGACACUAAAAAAAUCACGUCUGUCUCAAAGACCUCUGCGUACUUUUAAUAAUAGUGAGAAAGUGUUAAUUCACAUACUUGCCAACUGUAUUUGAGGUAACUUCGUUUUUAUAUCAGCGUAAUAUUCCAUCGCUCUAGUAGUUUCCUAACAGGAUGUCUUAAAUUUCCUGUAUUCAAGACGUCGGAAAAAGAACUGAUAUUUAGAUAAGGUUAAAAAAACUCACUAACUUUCUCAGCUGAUAGAAACAAGCAUCAUAGUAUUUCAAAUAAGAUGGAUGCUUGAUGGUGUUGUCUAUAUAGCUGACCUGCAUUGUCAUCCAGGGAAAACAAAGUGUGUUUGUAUAAGCAUUCUAUGCAUUCCAUGCGUCUGUUCAUAACUUGUAAAUGGCGUUCAUGAUUUACAAGUUCAUCUGUCUCCAGAAUUUUUCAUUAGUAAAUUCUGUUGUGAUCCAUGGGUAGUAUCAAGAUAAAUUUGAGUCCGAACCUUUCGGUCAUCAUAUUGGUGGCCCUUUCCUCAUCUUGUCAUUGUUUUGCAUGAUGGUGGUCUAUCUAUGCUUUAUUUAUUAUUACUGUAGGCUCCAAGAGGCUUAUCUGCAGUUUUGCUGUGCAAUAAUCUAUGCGCUCAGUCAUUUAAUCAUUUAAUCCUGCGUUCAUUUUAUAAGGAAAUGGUUUGCAUUCUUCUUGCCUAUUUUCAUUUUCCCUUGUGAUAUCGUGGCGCGUGAACUUUUGUAUUAACCAACAGAAAUAUCAUAGAACAUUCAAUAGAUCGAAUAGUUAAGAGCUACUUUUAUUCCUUUAAUUUUAUUUCCAGUGUCCGUUCUAGAUUUUGACAUGCAAGAAAUGAAAAGUUGAUUAUUUCUUCUUGGGAGUAGACGUAAAUUAAAUUUUUUACUUCUAAAUUCGUUUGAGCAGCUGUAUCACAAAUAAUAAUUGUGAACACCUAAUAAUAUUGGCUAGAAAACAUCUGUUUAGAGCGUAUUGCCCCCUCUUCCAGCUGACGGAAGUAUAAGAACGUUAUCAUUUAUUUUUCCUAAUGAAUAACUUAUAAAUAAUAUAUCUUGAUAUCUCUGAUGCUUUCGAAUAUAAAGAUUAAAUUAUCCGCCAGUUAUCUUAAUUUCAAAACAUAAUCAAAGAACAAUGAUAAUGUAAUCGUAUUUUGAUAUUAAUAGUUUGAUGAUAACUUCAUUAACCAGAACUUCUUCAGACAAAUUUCAGAAAUCUAUCAGUUUGCAAUGAGGAAAUCAAGAUUAAACAUCGUAAAAGGAACUUAAUCACCAUGAUCUUUAGUUGAUGUCGUAUUUCUUUUUAUACGCUCUGAUAGUCAGGUAACAUUUAUUUAACUGUAUCUCUAGAAGUUAUCAAGAAAGUUCAAAAAGGGGGGAGAACAACCAGCUUUUGUCUUGAGCUUAAUCGCUUUGAAACAUCAUUUUAAAGCAAAACAUAUGUCAUUAGCUUAAGUGACACAAACGCAAUACGAUAUUUUUACCUAGGAAUAAAAAUAGAUAGAGUAUGGCAUUUUGCCAGAUUUGACUAAAGAGAACCAAGUUCUGAUUUUUAAAGUUAUCCGCCAGUUUUUGACAAUAAACAUCAUCCACAAUUAAAUCAAGAUAUAGUUUCCCAAGAUUCUUUAUAAAUCAACAUAAAUUAAUUGUAAUAAAACGGUCCUCUCAAAGCAAAUCUUUCAAAAAUUAGAUCUUCGCAAACUGAAUCAAACAUUUGGACCUAAAAGUGAAUUGAAAUGUUCUAUUCGACAGUAAAUUUUCUGUUAUUCCAUCCUUUCGCCUUCAAAAAAUAUAAGCACAGUACAUGGAACGUAAGGUAAUCAAAAACCAAGCGGAUAUAGUAGUUACUAUAUUUUCUAUUUACACUGAAUACAUUUUUUCUCAAACUCCCUAAACAUGAUAUGGACUUCUUUUCUUAAAAUCACCUCUGGCAAUAAUAUUGUUCUUCAGUUCUUUCAGUUUUAAAACUACCUGAUCAUGAAAGUUACAGUAAACAUUUCAUACAGUUAUUUAUAUAAUCACUGUAAUCCUGAAGUUAACAAAAUUCUGCCAGUACAGAUUAUUUCAGUCUCAACUAGUCAUCAGUGGAAAGAAGAAAAUCUGUCUGCUGCUUCAUUCCAUUUAGUCUUAAUAUUGUUCUAUAAAACAGAUUUAUGUCUGCAGAAAGAUAAGUUAUGUGUGCUUUAAUGAUCUAUGCAAUAUAUAAUAAAACAUAAUUUUCAAUAAAAAUAAUUUAUGUGA